GCUAGGCGCCUUUCGGUGACGCAACGUCGGCGCGCUGACGCACUGACCGCCCGCGACCUCCACGUCUCAGGUUCCGCAAAGAGUUGUGGGAGCGACCCGGAUCUUGGAGAAGGAGCGCCAAGAUGGCGGAGGCGACGGAGUCUCCCGGAGACCAGGAGACAGCAUCGCCCAGGCCCCUGUUUGCAGGACUUUCAGAUAUAUCCAUCUCUCAAGACAUCCCAAUAGAGGGAGAAAUCACCAUUCCUAUGAAAUCUCGAAUCCGAGAACGUGACAGCUCCACUUUAAAUGAAUCUGUUCAGAAUACUAUUAUGCGUGAUCUGAAAGCUGUUGGAAAAAAAUUCAUGCAUGUGUUGUACCCAAGGAAAAGUAACACUCUUCUGCGGGACUGGGAUCUGUGGGGCCCUUUGAUCCUCUGUGUGACACUGGCACUAAUGCUGCAAAGAAGCUCUUUGGAUGGUGAAGAAGAUGGAGGGCCCCAAUUUGCCGAAGUAUUUGUCAUUGUCUGGUUUGGAGCAGUUAUUAUUACCCUUAACUCAAAACUUCUUGGAGGAAACAUAUCUUUUUUUCAGAGCCUCUGUGUGCUGGGUUACUGUAUACUUCCCCUAACAGUGGCAAUGGUAAUCUGUCGCCUGGUACUUCUGACAGAACCUGGACCAGUAAACUUCAUGAUUCGACUUUUUGUAGUGACCCUGAUGUUUGCUUGGUCUGUAGUUGCUUCUACCGCUUUCCUGGCUGAUAGCCAGCCUCCAAACCGCAAAGCCCUCGCCGUGUACCCUGUCUUCCUCUUCUACUUCGUCAUCAGUUGGAUGAUUCUCACCUUCAUCCCUUAGGAAAAGAGGACAGAGUUAAAAGCAAUGAACUGAAGGCUUGUUGGAAUGAUCCAGUUUACUACGGAGCUUUGACUCUAGUCCUCUGUUAUCUGAAUUGGAGGUAUGAAGAGGGAGCCAUACAGCAUACGGCACUGCUGUCACUUGUGUAAGGAAUUGAUAUUUGCAAGGCUGUCCUUUUCCCCUUAUUACUCCUUUCCAAUGCACAUAGUAUGAUACCUCCUUCAGGCAGCAUGGUGUCACUGUGAUUCAGGUAACAAGCAGUGACUCUGGAAGCACAUGGACAUACCCUACAAGUUGAAUCAAGUUGGGAACUAUUAAAAGCUUUGGGAAUGCCAGUUUAGGUGCAGCUCUUAAACACAUUGCCUUAUGACUAUUAGAAUAUGCCUCUUUUUUCCUAAAUAAGAAUGGAUAGUCUGUAUCAAUUUUCUUUUUCUCUGAAGUUUAAAAAGGCAAUGAAGGGUUGGAAAAGGGUUUGUAGAUGUGGGAGGAGCAAACAUGCAUUAAUCAAUGUUCAGAUUGAUAUCCAAGGCAAUCCUGUGUCUGU